AUGUCUUCAAUCAGCACGAGCGGGGGCGGGGGUGGAGACGGAGGGGGAGGGGGAGGCGGAGGCGGAGACGAUUCCGGCAAUCGCGAGGCCGCUCAGACGAGGAUAGGCGCGACCAUCAGAAGGAGCGGGGGCGGUGACGGAGGCGGGGGUGGAGACCGAGGGAGAGGCGGAGGUGGAGGUGCUUCCCUUCGUCGCGAUCCCGCUCAGGGGACGACAAGCGACGCGCUGACCGUAUUCCCUAUUGAAAAACGCAUUGAGGCUUAUGAUGGUGAAAACGAGGAGCUUGACAACUUGGAGGCGUUGUUAUCAGUACGUGAGGAGCCACCUUCUUUGCAAGAAUUUCUGGGAGCCGGGCCUAUUGCUGCAGCAGAUGAAGUGCAGGUUGAGCAGGGUGGGAAUCAGCUUGGUCCAAAUGACUUACAAGCCUGCCUUCGCCAAGGGGAAUGGAACCGUGCGCUCGACAUAUUGACUCAGAUGGUGGGAGAAGGAAGAGCUGCUGCAACUGCCGUGAGCAAUGAUGCACAUCCUCUAGAUAUCACCAGAGCACACCCUGAUCUCGUAAUGCUGCUCCGAGGCCAGGCAUUAUUUGAUUUAAGGGGAAUGGGUAAUGCUAAUCGGGCUCAUGCAUACUACCUCAAUCAUAUUUGUGUGAUCUACCCUGAUGGUUUCAGCUCCGGCAUUGAGUUUGUGGACAAAUUGUUGGUUGAAAUACAUGCAAUGGUUCACAGAGAGGCGCUGCCAAGAAAAUGUCGUUUCAGUGACAAGAACAAAACUCGCCAGUGUGUUAACGACUACCUAAAGAUCUACUUCCCUGCAUUCGGGGAUAUGGAGAUACAAGAUGGAGCGGUACCUGUAGGUCCAUUUGGUGAGAGGCAGGGUAACCAGGUGCGUUGCCUAGUCUGCCACGACUUCAAGAAGAAGAAAUUCAGCGAGAAAAAGCUAUACUAUCACCAGCUAUGUGAUCCGGAAGGAAGACAGGCGCUGUGUCUGGCUUCCACCGAGUACAUACGAAAAAAGAUUCGUGAUUCUCUCGCAAAAAAAGAGGCAGCAACAGCUGCGCAUCCUCCUCCUCUUCAGGAUGGCGCACCGGGACCGUGA